AUGUCAUGUCCGAAUAACAUAGCUCCCGGUAACUUCCUCAUGGAUUCCUUAAUGGGAGGAUCAUCUUCCUUCAGGGGUGAGAGUUAUUCCAGCAACCCCGGAAUGUACAUCCACUCAGCUGCAGAGUACGGAUAUUCAGUGAUGAGAAACAGUGGGAAGGUUGGACUGUCUUCACUCUCGAAGGGAGACGAGAUUCUUACUCCGGGCGGUGUGUCGCUCAGCGGCUUCCAGGAUGAGGCCUACCUGUCAACACAACUGGCCACAUGGACCCCAGGCUCCAAAACCUCCAGGGACGAGCAACCUGUUGCCCAGUGUUUACAACCCUGCUCAUUUCCAAUGGGUAGCGUCAAAGAGGAGGCGUUUUGUUGCCUCUACCAGGAUGACAGCAAUAAGGGGAAACAGACAACAGAGUCAGCCACUUACAUCCGGCUUGGGGACAAUAGCUGCCGGCCUCAGCAAACUGCCUCCUCUUCCAGCGGAUGUUUCCAGGUGUACAGCGGAGAGAGGCCGCCACAGGAUGGUCGGCAGUUCCCCUCCAGUUUCUCUCUGACCCACUUGGCGACAUCUGUUGAACCAUCAGCAGAAUCGACAAUAAGUCGCAGCAAAGCGAAGGAGACAGCGAGAGAGGUUUCCAAAACAGAGGAGAGUCAGAGCAGGAAGGAAGAGAAGGCCAAGAAGACCGCCUCUUAUGAUUUGUCCGCGGAAAAGACAACGGAAAGCUGGUUAAAAGCCAAAAGUGGAAGGAAGAAGCGCUGUCCCUACACAAAGCAUCAGACGCUGGAGCUGGAAAAGGAGUUCUUGUUCAACAUGUAUCUGUCUCGGGAGCGCCGCCUGGAGAUCAGCCGGAGUAUCAACCUGACCGACAGACAGGUCAAGAUCUGGUUCCAAAACAGACGCAUGAAGCUCAAGAAGCUCAACAGGGAGAGCCGAGAAAGGGAACAGAGUGCAGUCUACAACUACUCCUGA